CUCAGAGUUGUAAGACCUGUGACCAUGUUGAGGACUCCACACACUGGCUUCAGAUUGAACCCUUGACUUCCACUGUCCAGGGAGUGACAAUGUUCAGACACAGGACACCCAAAGGGAGUUAUGAGUGCACAGUGUCUGGGCUCCGCUGGCUGUGUGAGAGAGAUGUCAUUCUGAAGUAUCACUUCAGGAACUGGGAACCCUACAGUCAACUUCUGAAAUACAUGCAGUACACACAAGGUGGUCCAUUGCUGGACAUCACUAUGGAGUUAGGUGAACUGGAGGAAGUUCAUCUGCCACACUGUGUCUGUUUAGGGACUAACCUUUCCCUGAGGAAUGAGAUGAAGAUUCUUCAUGUAGAGGAACAUGGAGUGUCUUUAGAGGAAGUGCAUGAGGUCACCAGAUUCCAUGCUAAGAUUCUCCAUCCCAAGUUCUCAGCUAUCUCUGUUAUACUGAACUAUAUCCUUUCUUGGAACGUAGAUGUCCACUGUGAGCUGAUGCUCUAUCUGACAGUGAUGAAGGAAACACUAAUUCCACGCCUAUACCUGUUCCCCAGUAACCCCAGCCAAAUACAGGCUGUGGAACAACAGGAAUCAAAGUUUCAAGGGUCUAAAAGGUCUCCCAUCACAAGACCAGAGCAGUCCUUCAAACUGAAUAGUUACUUCAGACUGAACAUUCCCUGUUCUACCGCCAUCAAUCCACCGAGGAUUCAUCUCAUACAUAGAGACACCACACCAAGCUUUUUCAAGGCGGUUGUGAAAAUGACAGGGAUUGACAUUGAGAUGGAGUUAUUCAGUGAUGAUGAGAGGAUAGUAUGGACAGAAAUAGUAUCACGAGAUGAAUACUAUCAGAACCAAGCAUUAACACUCCCUGGGAUUCCUGCUGAGGAGUUUCUGAAGAAACACAGGGCUAAACUCAUUCAGGGAGUCAAAAAUCCAAUGCCGAUAGCAGAUGUUCUGCGGUCAAAGGACAUGAUUGGUGAUGAAGAGUACUCCAGAAUAACAGCUGAAACAACUGAACAGGAGCGAAUGAGAGAACUACUGAAUGCAGUUCUCCCUAAAGGACCAGAAGUGAUGGGAGCUUGUCUCAAAGCUCUCAGUGAACAUGAACACCAUCUUGUUAAGUACUUGAGUGAAUCUAGCACCUAAUCUGAAGAUGCUGAGGCCUGUCUCCUAGUCUGUGGACAAAGACACUUCUCCACCUAAUCUGAAGAUGCUGAGGCCUGUCUCCUAGUCUGUGGACAAAGACACUUAAAUUAUUGUUAGGGAAAUUAUGUUUGCUUUUCUUUUAACAAAUGUCUGUAUUUUAUUCAUGUGCUGUUCUAUAAACCAAUUUGUGUGUUCA